UCUCCCGCCCGAGGGCUCUUCCAACGGGCCGGCGGUUGCACGGAGCGGCGGGAGAGGGGUGCAGAAGCCUCCGGGAUAAGCGGGGCGAAGGCGCGAACGCCUAAGGGAGUAGAAGCCUCCUCCCGAUCGCUUUCUCCAUCCCCACCCUUCCCUUGAGCGGAGUCCCUUCCGAGGUGCAAACUCCGGGCCGCCUUUUCCGGUUGCCGUGUCUCCAGCCCCAGCUGACUGGCAGCUCUUGUUUACCGGCCAGAGACAUUAGCCGGGCAGAUCGGUGGCUGUAAAGAGGGGCCGACGGAGAGGGAGAGAGAAAGAAGAAAGGGAGGAAGGUGGUGGUAAAAAAAAAAAAAAAAAAAAAAAAAAAAAAAAAAAAAAGAAAAAAAAAAAAGAAAAGAAAAAAAACCCCAACCCCACAGAAAAAGAAGUGUUUGCACGGGCGAGAGUUCAGCCUCUAAGUUCCUGCCCUUGCUUCGGGCGUCCCUAGGCUGACUCUUCUGCAGGGCUGGGGCAGCGGGCUGUGCCCGAGGACGACAAGCAGGUUGGCCCGAAGACCCAGCUUCUGGCCGGUGAAUGAUUUGGGAGCUCAGGAGGAAGGGGACAGUGGACGACGAGGACCCGGCUCGGAGGAGCUGUUCUCCCGGGCGAGGGCGGCGGGGACUCCGAGAUAGGGGAGUGGGGAGUGUGAAGAGUCGAGCCCCUGGGACUGCUAGGGGAACGGGCUCAUGCUAAAGGGGCGGCGGACCGAGGUGUUGCCCGUGGGGUGGAUUCUGGAUGCGACUUAGGUACCGAGAUAAGCGGAGCCCUGAAGAAAGACCUCCCCCCUCCCCUCCUCCGCCUCCACCGCCCCCAGCCCCGACCCCCCGAGUAGGAAGGAGGAGGCGAUUGCUGCUGCUGCUGCUGUUCCCACCCCUCCCCCCGGCGUGCAGGAAACCUGCAGCUUGAUUCGGUGCUUAUUUUUAGGAGUAGUUGUUUUUGUUUUGGUUUUUUUUCCCUCCGUUCCCCCCGGACACCUCGUUUUUCCUGAAGUCGGGGCUGGGCGGGAGCAUUUAAAGGGCUCUGAGCCGGCGCCAGAAGCUCAUCUGCUCCGGAGGAGAGCGAGCAGGGGGUUUGGGACCCAUCGCCAAGCCACCCCAGGAGAGAAGAGAGGGGUGGCAGCGGCGGUUUCGAGCCCGCCCUUUCUGCCCCGGAGGUGGUUGAGCCGGUGCCCAGAAUGGAGCCCCCUGGCUUUCCGUGCCGCCCGCUGCGCGCCCUCUGAUCUGCGCCCCCAGCUCAUCCGCGACCCGUGGGACAGCGCCGAGCCCGGCGGCGGCGGCGGCUUCCAGAGUCGGGGACCAUGGGACCGAAGGCGACGGCGCUGGUGAUGGCCCUGGCGCUAGUGCUGGGCGGUUCGGGCAGCCCGGGACGGAGCCAGUACGAGGGGCCGGUUUGCCCGAACAUGGACAUUCGAAAUAACUUGACACAGCUGUAUGCUCUAGAAAACUGCUCUGUGAUCGAGGGCCACUUGCAAAUACUGCUCAUGUUUAAAACCAAGCCUGAAGAUUUCCGAGGACUUAGUUUUCCCAAACUUACUAUGAUUACAGACUAUUUAUUACUUUUCCGGGUGUACGGCCUAGAGAGUUUAAAGGACCUCUUCCCCAAUCUCACUGUUAUCCGUGGAACCCGUCUCUUUUUUAACUAUGCCCUGGUCAUCUUUGAGAUGGUUCACUUGAAAGAAAUUGGCCUUUAUAAUCUAAUGAAUAUCACCCGAGGAGCAGUUCGGAUUGAGAAGAAUAACGAGCUGUGCUACUUGUCCACUAUUGACUGGUCUCGAAUUUUAGAUUCCGUUGAAGAUAACUACAUCGUUGAAAACAAAGAUGAUAAAGAAGAAUGCGGAGAUGUUUGUCCUGGAACUGUGAAAGGAAAAAGCAACUGCCCAGCUACUGUAAUAAAUGGUCUUUUCAUCGAAAGGUGUUGGACCCAUGACCACUGUCAGAAAGUUUGCCCAGCCCCCUGUAAGUGGCAGGGUUGCACCUCAGACGGUCAAUGCUGUCACAGCGAGUGCCUGGGAAACUGCUCAGAGCCGAACGAUCCCGAGAAAUGCAUUGCGUGCCGGCACUUCGACCUCGAUGGCAAGUGUGUUGAAACUUGCCCGCCGAAUUACUAUCGCUUUCAGGAGUGGCGUUGUGUGAAUUUCAGCUUCUGCCAGAGUCUGCACAACAAUUGCAAGAAUUCCAGGCAAUCUGGAUGUCACCAGUAUGUCAUUCACAACAACAAGUGUGUUCCUGAGUGUCCCUCUGGAUACAUUAUGAAUUCCACCAACCUGAAUUGCUCUCCUUGUUCAGGGCCCUGUCCAAAGGUUUGUAAUAUGUAUGGUGAGAAGACCAUUGAUUCGGUAACAUCUGCACAGGAGCUUCAAGGGUGUACUGUCAUAAACGGAAGCUUGAUCAUAAACAUACGUGGAGGCAAUAAUUUAGCGGCAGAACUAGAAGCCAACCUUGGCUUAAUUGAAGAAAUUUCGGGUUACCUGAAAAUCCGUCGUUCCUAUGCCUUAGUGUCUCUGUCUUUCUUCCGUAAACUGCAACUGAUUAAAGGGGAGACCCUUGAAGCUGGGAAUUAUUCUUUCUAUGCCCUGGAUAAUCAGAACCUGAGACAGCUAUGGGACUGGAGUAAACACAAUCUCACCAUUGCCCAAGGAAAAUUGUUCUUCCAUUAUAACCCCAAACUCUGCUUAUCAGAGAUUCACAAAAUGGAAGAAAUCUCCGGAACCAAGGGGCGUCAAGAAAGAAAUGACAUAGCCUUGAAGACGAAUGGUGACCAAGCAUCCUGUGAAAAUGAGCUACUCAGAUUUUCCCAAAUCAGAACAUCUUUCGACAAGAUCUUACUAAAAUGGGAACCUUACUGGCCACCUGAUUUUCGAGACCUCUUGGGAUUUAUGCUUUUCUACAAAGAAGCUCCAUAUCAAAAUGUGACUGAAUUUGAUGGUCAAGAUGCUUGUGGUUCAAACAGUUGGACGGUGGUUGAUGUAGAACCUCCCCAGCGGUCAAAUGAUCCCAAAUCCCAGAGCUCUCCAGGCUGGCUAAUGAGGGGGUUGAAACCUUGGACCCAGUAUGCUGUCUUUGUCAAAACCUUAGUCACCUUUUCUGAUGAGCGAAGAACAUACGGAGCAAAGAGUGAAAUCAUUUAUGUCCAGACCAAUGCUACAGUUCCUUCCGUUCCCUUAGAUCCAAUAUCAGUUUCCAAUUCCUCAUCCCAGAUCAUUUUAAAGUGGAAACCACCUUCAGAGCCAAAUGGUAAUAUCACACACUACUUAGUGUUCUGGGAGCAACAGGCUGAGGAUAGCGAACUCUAUGAACUUGAUUAUUGCCUGAAGGGAUUAAAGUUGCCUUCAAGGACCUGGUCUCCUCCUUUCGAAUCUGAAGAUUCUCAGAAACAGAAUCGAAGCGACAAUGAGGAUCAUGGUGGAGAGUGUUGUUCUUGCCCAAAAACUGAUUCCCAAAUACAAAAAGAAGCUGAAGAGUCUUCAUUUAGGAAAACAUUUGAAAAUUAUCUCCAUAAUGAGGUUUUUGUGCCCAGAAAAACAUCAUCAGGGAAUGGAUCUGUGGACAGUAGGCCAAAUCGCAAACGAAGGGAUCUUGGCAGCCGGACAAAUGCCACUGUGGUGACACCCACAAUUCCAACUUUGUCAAACACCUCAUCUACACCUGCCCCUGAAAGUAGAGAGGAACAGAAACCCUUUGAGAAAGUUGAAUCUAAGGAAUCCUUGGUUAUCUCUGGUCUGCGGCAUUUUACUGGCUAUCGCAUUGAACUCCACGCCUGCAAUCAUGAUGCCCAAGAAUCCAGAUGCAGCGUGGCUGCAUAUGUCAGUGCAAGAACCAUGCCUGAAGCAAAGGCAGAUGACAUUGUUGGGCCAGUUACUCAUGAAGUGUCUGACAAUAACAUUGUCCACUUGAAGUGGCAGGAGCCAAAGGAGCCCAAUGGAUUGAUUGUUCUCUAUGAAGUGAACUAUUGGCGUCUUGGAGAAAAUGAGGAAAACAUGCUUCCUUUCUCCUUUUUGCAGGAACUGCAUCAUUGUGUUUCCCGGAAACAUUUUGCCAAUGAACGUGGAUGUAAACUCCGUGGUCUGCAUCCUGGAAAUUAUACUGUUCGAAUUCGAGCCACCUCAUUGGCAGGAAAUGGCUCUUGGACCGAACCCACCUAUUUCUAUGUUGCAGAUUAUUUAGAUGUUCCGUCUAAUAUUGCAAAAAUUAUCAUUGGCCCAGUCAUUUUUGCCAUUUUCGUUGUUGGAAUGAUUGGAGCUAUUUACGUGUUUGUGAAAAAGAGGCAAACGGAAGGACCAACCGGGCCACUUUAUGCCUCGUCCAAUCCAGAAUACCUCAGUGCUAGUGACGUUUAUGUCCCAGAUGAGUGGGAGGUACCACGAGACAAAAUCAGCCUCCUACGGGAAUUGGGCCAGGGCUCCUUUGGGAUGGUGUAUGAAGGAAACGCGAAGGAUAUCAUAAAAGGAGAGCUAGAGACGCACGUAGCGGUGAAAACCGUUAAUGAAUCUGCAAGUCUCCGGGAGCGCAUUGAGUUUUUAAAUGAAGCCUCUGUCAUGAAAGGUUUUAGCUGCCAUCAUGUGGUCCGCCUCUUAGGGGUGGUCUCCAAAGGACAGCCCACAUUAGUAGUGAUGGAGCUGAUGGCCCAUGGAGAUCUUAAAAGUUACCUCCGUUCUUUGCGUCCAGAUGCUGAAAAUAACCCUGGCCGCCCCCCGCCAACACUCCCAGAGAUGAUUCAGAUGGCCGCCGAGAUUGCAGAUGGCAUGGCCUACUUGAAUGCAAAGAAAUUUGUUCACCGAGAUUUAGCAGCCCGAAAUUGUAUGGUUGCGGAAGACUUUACUGUAAAGAUUGGAGAUUUUGGAAUGACCAGAGACAUCUACGAAACUGAUUAUUACCGAAAAGGAGGGAAGGGUCUGCUCCCUGUAAGAUGGAUGGCCCCUGAGUCCUUAAAGGAUGGAGUCUUUACAGCAUAUUCUGAUGUGUGGUCUUUUGGCGUGGUCCUUUGGGAGAUCAGCAGCUUGGCCGAGCAGCCUUACCAGGGUCUGUCUAAUGAGCAGGUGCUGAAAUUUGUAAUGGAUGGAGGAUACCUGGAUCAACCUGAUAACUGUCCUGAAAGAGUAAACCACCUGAUGCAGAUGUGCUGGCAGUAUAACCCCAAAAUGCGCCCCACCUUCAUCGAGAUCAUUGAGAUGCUGAAGGAGGACCUGCAUCCCAGCUUUCAGAGCGUGUCAUUUUUUUACAGCGAAGAAAACAAGCCUCCAGAAACUGAGGAAUUCGAGAUGGACUUUGAAAACAUGGAGAGCAUUCCGCUCGACCCAUCUUCAUACUCCCAGAGGGACGAAGUCCUGGGGCGGGACAAUGGGCCAUCUCUGGCUCUAAAGGGAAACUACGAAGAACACAUACCUUACACCCACAUGAAUGGUGGCAAGAAAAAUGGUCGCAUUCUGUCCCUGCCUAGGUCGAGCCCUUCCUAACAUUUCCUGUGGUGGACAGGUGUUCAGUUUUUUUGCUUUUCCUUCUCGUCUAAAGGCUCUCCAGAAAUCUCAGGACUAUUGUUAUUGCUGCCACAGUGUAAUACACAAUUCAAACACUUUCUAUUCAUUUUUAUUCAUCUUAUGACUUUUUAUUUUAUUUUAUUUUUUUGCCAAGUUGACUGGUUGUCAGUGGACUUAACUGUGAACAUAAAUGGAAAUGGUUUCCAUGGCUGCUGUCCCUUCUGUAACCAUGGUUUCAAAACAGGAAGUGACCUUGCUAGGGGGUCAAAAAGAAAGCAUCUGUAUUUGCAAACAAUGAAAUUCACUGGUAUCUGAGCUACAGUAAAAAAGUGUUUGCGGAACAAAACUUUUCAAAGAAAAAAAAGCUUUUCCAGCAGAAUUCCAAACUUUUCAAAAUGAUCUUCGCAAAUGUUUCUUUCAUUAAGGCUGAAGAAUUUUAACACAGAUCAGUUAAACCAGUUCCUCAGAUUGACCAAUAGCUGCUGCUUUCGUACUUUUGAAUGGGUAGAAAACCCUCAUGUGUGUGUGUUUGUGUGUGUGUGUGUGUGCGCGUGUGUUCACUCUGGUGUAUAUGUAGUAUAUAUACAUCUAGUGUAUAUAUACAAAAUAUACAUGUUUGUAAAGAACUUUUGUAUCGUUCUCACAGAAACUUUGCUAUUCUUGAACAUGUGUAUUCAUCUUUUUUUUUCCCGAUUUACUGGGGUGACUGUGCCCUAAACAGAUUAUUUUUGUAAUACAAACUCUGCCAUGUGCAGUCUUUUACUUAUUGACAUAUGGUGAAAAGUAUAUGCUGGGCACCAAAAGAGUAGCAUUCAGACUGAGACUGUGGAUCCUUUCAAGACCAAACAAAACAGGAAAAAAAAAUCAACUGAGAUAUUAAACUUUCUGUCCCUACAGCAUUACUGAGUAUAUAUUUUGCUUGUUGUAACAUAUUUAAAUUUUUUUAAGUUUUAAACAUUAACCUCCUAUAAGUUAUUGACUUUUUUGAUUCUUUUUUUUUAUUUUUGGCUCAUUUGUUUGGUCUUCAUGUGGUCCAUUGAUUUGAGAAUAAACUAAUUUUAGCUGAUUACUCUCUUAGGAGUUAUGAAGCACAUGUUGAGUUUGUACUUGACAAGGCUUUAAAAAUAUAGCAUCAUGAUUUAUAUAAUAUAGUCAGCAGAGCUCUAUCUAAAGCUCUGAGAUAAAGUGGUGGUGAUUUUUAAGUUGGGCAGUGGCUAGGGACAGAAGUCAAAGCAUCUACCUCCACUGCUCUUUCACUGCACCCAUUUAGAUUUUUUCUUUUAAAAAAAAAAAUCCUAUGUGUGCAUUUUCCACAAAGAAAAACAGCUAAAUCCAGAAGAGUGUAAAACAAGACUCCCUAAAGAGUAUAAAUAGGGAAGUGCUGAGGAGAAAUAUGAAUAAUCUUAACAAAACUGAUUGCACCCUAUUAUCUGAUCUUUCAGAAGUCAUACCUGUGUCCCACCUGAGAUAACACUGUUCCAUUACUCAGGUGGUAAGUUAGAAGCGAGAAGCUUUAGUUCUUUGGACAGUAACCGUGGCCUGUGGAGUGUGCCUUGAUUUGCUGGUGUUGCUGCUUUCAAGAAAGAAUUCUCCAGGGUAUUAGGCCUAGGAGUUUUCACGUUGUUCGUGUGUCUGAUGAACGAUGAGGCUGGCAGGGACAGGAGGAGAAGCAUGGAGGAGUUGAUUUGCCCUGUCCAUUAGAGAACAGCAGAUAACUAAGAUUCUCAAACUCUUGUAUCGUAGGUUGUUUUUCAAAAGAAGAUAAAUCCGAACGAAUCCACAGCUUCUUCUUGGUGGGGCGGUGGAGGGGGGGGAGGGGAGGAAGCAGAGAAUUUGGCAGCUAAAAUUAUACCUGUAGCAGACCAGUUAGUUCUGCAGCUGGUUUUUUGAAUUCCUGUUACCAUCGUUUAUCCCUACGUGCGUAAUCUUGGAGUCCGUUAGGCCAGAUGUCAGAGCUCUGCUUCUCCUUUUCCAAACGUUUGAUUCCCGAGGAUGGAAGUGAGAAGGAAUUGUGUCCCCUCCAGUCUCUUCAGUUCUUACCCAGAAUGUAGGUGAAGGAAAAUCUGUUGUUCCUGUUGUUGGCAGAAUAGGGAUUUGAGGUGCACUGAAAAUGCUCCUGGGAAGCCUAAUUGGAUGAAAAGUAGCAGGGGGCAAGAAAGAUUGUUCUCACCAAAUUUGUGUUGUAAAUAUGGACGGGUGUGCACUUAAAUUUCAAAUGAGUAUAGGUCUAGUUUUUUGUGCUUUUCAUAGUUGUACAUACAUAGCAGCUCUACACUACAUUAGCAGGAAAGAAGAAAUAGUCUCACAUUUUUCUAAUUCAGAAAGUUUUUCUUAGGAAAAAAAUGUACUUAUUUUACUAGACAUCAUUAUAAAAUUGCUUUCUGGAAAGACAGAGCAUGUACAUUUUUAUCAAGGAAAAUGAAGCAGGAGAAUGUGAUGUGAUCAUUUUUUUUUUCCUGUUCUGGCAGUCUACCUCAGUGUGUUGUAAGGAUCUAUAUUGAAUACAGUAAGUACAUCUCUAGACUUGGAGCAAUCUGGUCUGGACCCAUUCUGAGUCAGGGGAAAUCAAUAUCAGCUGAUUCCAAUGCUAGGGACCAAUUACCAGCUCGGUGGGGGAAAGCAGAGCCAAAAAGAGAGGCGCAGUCAUUCGGCCAAAUGGAGUUGCGACCAAAGAUCAUUUUGGCUCCGUGCACACAGUGGGUUAAACAGAUUCAGAUUGGUUCUCUUCAUCCUCUUGUAAUCGAAGAAACGCCCCCAAUUAUUCAAACACAAAAUGCAAAACACGAGUAACUUUGAGGCCAGAACACUUCUCUUAACAACUGGAUUCCCGGUUUCCCCCACCGAAAUGCAGUAGGUUGUAGCCAUUUGAAGUAUUAUGGGUGUCCUUUUGUUGUCGUUCCUUCAAAUUGAUUCUGUGCUCCCGGAAGAACGUGGUAGUGCUAGUUACAUGUUGUGGAGGAAAUAGCCCUCAACUUUUAUGAGUCAGAGUUGGUAGUUUGGUUUGGACAUUUAGGGUGUGUCGACGUGAGCCGAGCUGUAAAAGUGCACGUGAUUGGGAGGUGAGUUUAUGAAUGCUAAUGUACACAAGUUACAAGCCAUUCAGGCCACUGUGGGUUGUGGGAUUGGCAUUUUCGCUGUAUAUUCGCAUUCACUCUUGGGCACACAGGAAUUGUUUGUUUAGAUUUUCCAUUGUCCUCGUUUCUAAUGAAAAUCUCUUUGGGGAAAAAUCUGGGGUGUAGAGAUGUUAUUUUACAGAAACCAAAAUUGGAGUUUGGACCCUCGUGUUGGGGUUUGGCAGAUGAUAAACCGAUAUCGGUUGGCCUGCUUCCUACGUUCAGCACAUGACACACAUUUCAUGGAAAAAGGAAAUUUGAUCAUUUAUGGGCUAGGCAGCCCAUCUUUACGCUAAAGAUUUCUCUACUUGCAUGGAUCACCAAGCAGUCAAUUUAGCAAGUGUUUUCACCAGGUGCUGUGCACAACAGACUUGCUUCAACACCCUUCCUGUAUUGGAUUUGUCUAGCAAGGCCCUGUUCAAAAUUUUAACCAGAUCUGUAACAGAAAAAAAAAAUCGCAGAAUUCUCUAACUGCAAAAAAAUGCAUCAUUUGCACUUAUUUUCUGCCAUGAUGGAAAGAACAUUCAAGGGUCUGACAAAAAUCGGUCACGUCGAGGUUACCGAUAAA